UUACCCCCCUUUAUUUCCAUCUUUUAUUUAUUCAUCUUUCUUUUUUGGGGCCACCUAGGGCUGUAUGACAAGUGUUCUUACACCUCGCGUGACCGAGGAUGGGUCGUGGGCAUUCACACCGUCAGUGACCAAGGCAACAGAGACCCACGCUACUUUUUCUCCCUGAAGACAGACCGGGCCCGGCAAGUGACCACCAUCAAUGCCCACCAGAGCUACCUCCCAGGCCAGUGGGUAUUCCUGGCUGCCACCUACGACGGGCGGCUGAUGAAGCUCUACGUGAACGGCGCCCAGGUGGCAACCUCCGGGGAGCAGGUGGGCGGCAUAUUCAGCCCGCUGACCCAGAAGUGCAAAGUGCUCAUGUUGGGGGGCAGCACCCUGAAUCACAACUUCCGGGGCUACAUUGAGCGCUUCAGUCUGUGGAAGGUGGCCAGGACCCAGCGGGAGGUACUGCUGGACAUGGAGACCCAUGGCCUCCACGCCCCCCUACCUCAGCUCCUGCUGCAGGAGAGCUGGGACAGCGUGAAGCGCGCCUGGUCCCCCAUGAAGGACGGCAGCAGCCCCCAGGUGGAAUUCAGCGGCGCCCACAGCUUCCUGCUGGACACGAGUUUGGAGCCCCCUCUGUGCGGGCAGACGUUGUGCGACAACGCGGAGGUCAUCGCCAGCUACAACCAGCUGCCCCGGUUCCGCCGGCCCAAGGUGGUGCGCUACCGCGUGGUCAACCUCCAUGACGACGGCCACGAGAACCCCACGGUGAGCCGCCAGCAGAUCGACCUGCAGCACCGGCAGCUGGCCGAGGCCUUCCAGCACUACAACAUCUCCUGGGAGCUGGAGGUGCUGGAGGUGAGCAACUCCUCCCUGCGCCACCGCCUCAUCCUGGCCAACUGUGACAUCAGCAAGAUCGGGGACGAGAGCUGUGACCCGGAGUGCAACCACACGCUGACCGGCCACGAUGGCGGGGACUGCCGCCACCUGCGCCACCCAGCCUUCAUGAAGAAGCAGCAGAACGGGGUGUGUGACAUGGACUGUAACUACGAACGCUUCAACUUUGAUGGUGGCGAGUGCUGUGACCCUGAAAUCACGGAUGUCACCAAGACCUGCUUUGAUCCCGACUCUCCACACAGAGCGUACUUGGAUGUCAAUGAGCUGAAGAACAUUCUUAGCCUGGACGGAACCACACACCUCAAUAUCUUCUUUGCAAACUCCUCGGAGGAGGAAUUGGCAGGAGUAGCCACUUGGCCAUGGGACAAAGAAGCCCUAAUGCCCUUAGGUGGCAUUGUCCUGAACCCAUCUGUCUAUGGCAUUCCUGGGCACACCCACACCAUGAUCCACGAGAUCGGGCACAGCCUGGGCCUCUAUCAUAUCUUCCGAGGCAUCUCAGAAAUCCAGUCUUGCAGUGACCCCUGCAUGGAGACCGAGCCCUCCUUUGAGACCGGAGACCUCUGCAGCGACACCAACCCAGCCCCAAAACACAAGUUCUGCGGUGACCCAGGGCCAGGAAACGACACCUGUGGCUUUCAUAGCUUCUUCAACACUCCUUACAACAACUUCAUGAGCUAUGCAGACGACGACUGCACCGACUCCUUCACGCCCAAUCAAGUCGCCAGAAUGCACUGCUACCUGGACCUGGUGUACCAGAGCUGGCAGCCCUCCAGGAAGCCGGCGCCCGUCGCCCUGGCCCCCCAGAUCGUGGGCCACACGGCUGACUCCGUGACGCUGGAGUGGUUCCCACCCAUCGAUGGCCACUUCUUUGAAAGAGAAUUGGGAUCAGCAUGUGACCUUUGCCUGGAAGGGAGAAUCCUGGUGCAGUACGCCUUCAACGCCUCCUCCCCGAUGCCCUGUGGCCCAUCAGGACACUGGAGUCCCCGGGAAGCAGAAGGUCACCCAGAUGUGGAACAGCCCUGUAAGUCCAGCGUCCGCACCUGGAGCCCGAAUUCAGCUGUCAACCCACACACGGUCCCUCCGGCCUGCCCUGAGCCCCAAGGCUGCUACCUUGAACUGGAAUUCCGCUACCCUCUGGUCCCUGAGUCUCUGACGAUCUGGGUCACCUUUGUCUCCUCUGACUGGGACUCCAGUGGGGCUGUCAACGACAUCAAACUAUUGACUACCACGGGGAAGAACAUCUCCCUGGGCCCUCAGAACGUCUUCUGCGAUGUUCCACUGACCAUCAAACUCCGGGGCGUGGGCGAGGAGGUGUAUGGCAUUCAGGUCUACACGUUGGAUGAGCACCUGGAGAUCGAUGCUGCCAUGCUGACGUCCGUGGCAGACAGCCCCCUCUGCCUAGAGUGUAAGCCCCUGCAGUACAAGGUGGUCCGGGACCCUCCCCUCCAGGCGGACGUGGCCUCCACCCUGCAUCUCCAUAGAAGAUUCACAGACAUGGACCUGAGGCUUGGCAGCGUGUACCAGUACCGGGUCAUCACCAUUUCUGGAAGCGAGGAGAGUGAGCCAUCACCUGCUGCCAUAUACACCCAUGGAAGCGGGUACUGUGGUGAUGGCAUUAUCCAGAAAAGCCGAGGGGAAGAAUGCGACGACAUGAAUAAGCUCAAUGGUGACGGCUGCUCCCUUUUCUGCCGACAGGAAGUUUCCUUCAAUUGCAUUGAUGAACCCAGCCGGUGCUAUUUCCAUGACGGUGAUGGGGUAUGCGAGGAGUUUGAACAAAAAACCAGUAUCAAGGACUGUGGUGUCUACACACCCCAGGGGUUCCUGGACCAGUGGGCCUCCAAUGCUUCAGUUUCCCAUCAAGAUCAGCAAUGCCCAGGUUGGGUCAUCAUAGGCCAGCCGGCGGCAUCCCAGGCGUGCCGAACCAAGGUGAUCGACCUCAGUGAAGGCAUUUCCCAGCACGCCUGGUACCCUUGCACCAUCAGCUACCCCUACUCCCAGCUGACGCAGACCACCUUCUGGCUCCGGGCGUACUUUUCUCAGCCAAUGGUUGCUGCAGCUGUCAUUGUCCACCUGGUGACCGAUGGCACCUAUUACGGAGACCAAAAGCAGGAAACCAUCAGUGUCCAGCUGCUUGAUACCAAAGAUCAGAGUCACGAUCUCGGCCUCCAUGUCCUGAGCUGCAGGAACAAUCCCCUGAUUAUCCCUGUGGUCCAUGACCUCAGCCAGCCCUUCUACCACAGCCAGGCGGUCCGUGUGAGCUUCAGUUCACCCCUGGUCGCCAUCUCGGGGGUGGCCCUCCGCUCCUUCGACAGCUUUGACCCCGUCACCCUGAGCAGCUGCCAGAGAGGGGAGACCUACAGCUCUGCGGAGCAGAGCUGUGUGCACUUCGCGUGUGAGGCCGCUGAUUGUCCGGAGCUGGUGGUGCAGAACGCCUCUCUCAACUGCUCCAGCAGCGACCGCUACCACGGCGCCCAGUGCACCGUCAGCUGCCAGACGGGCUACGUGCUGCAGAUACAGCGGGACGACGAACUGAUCAAGACCCAGACGGGGCCCAGCGUCACAGUGACCUGCACUGAGGGCAAGUGGAACAAGCAGGUGGCAUGUGAGCCUGUGGACUGUGGCAUCCCGGACCAACAUCACGUCUAUGCUGCCUCCUUCUCCUGCCUGGAGGGCACCACCUUUGGCAGCAAAUGCUCUUUCCAGUGUCGUCACCCAGCGCAGUUGAAAGGCAACAACAGCCUCCUGACCUGUAUGGAGGACGGGCUGUGGUCCUUCCCGGAGGCCCUGUGCGAGCUCAUGUGUCUCGCCCCGCCCCCGGUGCCCAACGCAGACCUGCAGACUGCCCGGUGCCGAGAAAACAAGCACAAGGUGGGCUCCUUCUGCAAGUACAAGUGCAAACCUGGAUACCAUGUGCCCGGCUCCUCUCGGAAGUCAAAGAAACGGGCCUUCAAGACUCAGUGUACCCAAGAUGGCAGCUGGCAGGAGGGGGCUUGUGUUCCUGUAACCUGUGACCCGCCUCCACCGAAAUUCCACGGGCUCUACCAGUGCACAGACGGCUUCCGGUUCAACAGUGAGUGCAGGGUCAAGUGCGAAGACAGCGACACCAACCAGGGACGUGGGAGCAAUGUCAUCCACUGCCGGAAAGACGGUACCUGGAGCGGCUCCUUCCACCUCUGCCAGGAGAUGCAAGGCCAGUGCUCGGCCCCGAACCAGCUCAACAGCAACCUCAAACUGCAGUGUCCUGAAGGCUAUGCCAUAGGGUCAGAGUGCGCCACGUCGUGCCUGGACCACAACAGCGAGCCCAUCAUCCUGCCAGUGAACGUGACCAUACGCGACAUCCCCCACUGGCUGAACCCCACCCGGGUGGCGAGAGUUGUCUGCACGGCUGGUCUCAAGUGGUACCCUCACCCUGCCGUGAUCCACUGUGUCAAAGGCUGUGAGCCCUUCAUGGGAGACAAUUACUGUGAUGCCAUCAACAACAGAGCCUUCUGUAACUAUGACGGUGGGGACUGCUGCACGUCCACGGUGAAGACCAAAAAGGUCACCCCCUUCCCUAUGUCCUGUGACCUACAAGGUGACUGUGCUUGUCGGGACCCCCAGGCCCGAGAACACAGCCGGAAAGACCUCCGGGGAUACAGCCACGGCUAAGGAAAGAGGAGUUGUCCAAGAAUUCCCAGCGCCAGGACCUGCAUCCCUUUGGUAUUGAUUUCACAGUCAGCUGCUCAAUGGAAUGGCCUCUCCACACCAGGGAUCCUUAGCAUCCAACCGGUUUGCCUUUAAUUUCACCCAGGAAGGACUCCUAGUGGGGGCGCAUGAACCAAGUCUCGCCAUGUUGAGUAAUGGAAUGGAACCAUCCCAAAGUCUUAGAUGGAUUACACAUACAGGCGUGCAGUCUCAGAGCCUCCUAAAAGUCUAACCAUUUGUCACACGACCACCACGAGAAACAUGUUCUGUAUCUAGGAGUGUGCACAUCUGUGGUUAGUACACAUGCAUGCAUACACACCCAUACAAACAUCUGUGUGAGGGCAGUUUUGGAGACUGAGCAGAGAGAGACUGGAACAAAGUCAAUCUUUCCUUUCCCAAGCUCCUAGCCAACACUGUCCUUGGGAGAAAGAGAGUUUUGCAGAAAACUGCUAAGACCAAGUGUUGAGAUGCCAAGAGCGUUCACACCCUGAGGCUUGGAAUACGUAGGGCGUGCACACUGGUGCGGUCCUUUGGGACCGGAAGUGAAAUGGUCUCUGAGCACCUACCUUCUAGGAAAGUAGGACCCAGGAAGAGGUAUAGAACCCAAAAUAUACAAAGCCCCCUGAUUUUUCCGCUGCCGUGGGGGAUUUACCCCAACUCCAGGGUUUGAGGCCAAGCUGGGAAUGGCUUAGGAUUGCAAUGGCAAGGUAUUAUAAGAGGCCCCUGCUUGAGGCUUGAGGCAUGAGGCCACAAUAUCCCUCCAGAACCCACCCAUUCCCCAAAUCUUGCCUUGGGACCACAUUUGCUGCUACUUUUCCUGCUGCUCUAUCCUAUACAUUUGAGGACCCCAAGAUGGUAGGACUAGGUUAGGAAAAACCCUACACAACCAAACAGUCUGCCUUAAGAGUGACCCGCAUUUCCCCACAGCUCCUCAUUCCCAGCCCUUCCCCAGGAGAGAGCCCCACUGGCCCGCGUGGUGAGAAGUUCUGUACUCUAUGGUUGGGCUUCUCGUCCUGGAAGGGAGUUGAGGGACUUAAGAUGCUGGAACCCUCACUGAGAGUCCAGAAUGUUUAAGCCAGUGUUACAUUUUAUAACCAAGUGGAACAGUGUUAAAUUUCUAUGAUGUUGGAGUCAUCCAGAGACUAUUAGAAUUGUAGGGACUCGAGUUAUUCUCAUUAACCAAGCCUUCCUGCACCUCCAGGCUACAGGGGGCUCUGGUCCUGAGCACCUCUCGGUGGCCCCGAGUAGCUGUACUGCUGGAACAGAGCAUCAUCGUGGAUGUGAUCAGUCUCGACUGUGCUCCAAGGGGCCAUCAGAGGGAAGUCCAAAAGUUCCCAGCCUCUGUCCCCCACACCCAACAUGGUCAUCAUGUUUCCCGUCUUCCGUCUGCCAGUGCCCCCGUCCACACCCAUGGGUGGGCAACCCUUCCCACUGCCCCACAUUCAGCCUCCAAACAUUCAGAGUGAGUUAGUCAAAUGCAUGUGGAAGCCUCCACCUCUUUGGGGCCCUCUUUGCCUCUUUCCAGCUAGUUACCUUCCACUCCUUUGGAUGAACAUGGGGAGAGAUGAAUACAGGAGGAGGUGGAGAGAAUGGUUCCCUCUGACAUACUUCCUGAGACCUGGAACUGAGAAGAUGAGGCGAUGGUAGGGUCUAAACUAGAUGCGUCACAAAACGAUUGCUAUAAAUCAAGUCAUCUCAAGUCUAGAGAAGACAACCCACAAAAACCAAGCCUAGCACAGGAACGGGAACUACCAGGCACAGGUGCUGACCCUCUCAUUGUGCUUCCAAGGCAGGCGUUAUUGAUCAGCUAUAGCCCUUUUCUCUAUGGGGACCAAAAAUAACUUCAGAAAGCUCCUUACUGCAUCACUCCCAACAGCAAUUACCUGCUGAUCAAGAACACUUGAAAAGACAUUUAUUGGCCAUCUUUGGUGGUCUGUUAUAUUAGAAAACAUCUAUCAAGGUGCUUUUUGCACAGGUGCCCACAAAUAAGGAUGCAGAGCGUAGAUAGUUUUGUGUGGCUUGUGGUUUAUUACCAACUCUGAGACUGAGUUCCAGAGUGGACAGGCUGCCACCUUGUCAAGGCCAGGCUCAAAUAUUUUAUGUUUCUUCCUUACAGGCUCAUAUUUUUAGUCAGGACAUUUUUUUUCCUUUAAUUACCAGGGCCAAUUGUUAGCAAAAUAAUAGUUAUAAUAGAAGAGUUUCCCUGUUUUGUAUGGCUCCCCAGUGUCUAAGAGAUCUUUCCAACACGUAUAGCCCCUGUCUUGCCCUAGCUCAGUUACAUUCGUUGGAAGCUCUGAGCUAAGAAAGGUAACUUCGUUAGCCCUCCCCGGUGCUUUAUUUCACCAAUAAGCAAUGCCAAAAGCCUUGGAGACCCAAAGACAACAUCACCAAUGCUGGGGCUGCAGGAACCACAGAAGAACCUCACCAGCGUCCCUGAAAUCAACCCUCACCCUCUUUCUUCCUUCACUGUCCCCUGGUCUGUCCCCACAUUCUCCAGCUGAGCAAAGUUUCCUGAAGGCUGGCUUCUACCUUCAGAUCCCCAGAUUGAGUUGAGCCCUCUGAACAUACAUCCAGCCAGUCUCCUCACCGUCAUUCAGACCUGUCACUCCCAAAUUCACAUUUGCCAAGGCUACUGGGCAAGAGGGCCUGCUGGAUUGGUGGCCAGCCUCAUGCCCACGCGGAAGGUGGAAUUAACAGCCCUUUGCAAACCUUAGUGGGGGCGGGUCUGCUCGGUUUGUGCAAUGCACUGAUAUACCCGCUUUCAUUUUCUUUCUGGAAGCAAACUUGUCUCAUCCUUCCAUCAUCUCCCGUUCAGGAGAGUGGAGCACUCGCAGGAGGCAGCUGGGAAGCAGUGCUGUCUCUUAGCACUUGGGGGUUCUGGGUCUGAAGAAGGAUUAGCCUGUUAGCAGCAAGAAAGAAGAGACGAGGUAGACAGUCCUCUAAGCCCUCUCUUGGGGAGCCUUUUUAAGCCACAACCCUAACUGCCUGCCCAGAGGACUUGCAUUUCCCCUACCCCUCACCCCCGAUUCAGUGCCAACCACGUCGUAAGGGAAGACAGUCCUUGAGAAGCCCAUUUUGGUGGCAGAUGGGGUGUCACGGAAGGGAGAGAUCCAUGGUCAUAAACGGCAGGGCUCUGAAGAUGAAGGGUGUCGGCUGCUACUCCUGGCUGCAGCACGUUGAGUCUCUGCCUAGACAGUUCUCUUGGUCUUGGUCCCACCUGGCCAAUGCUUUAAUGCUAUUUGUUGAAAAUAAUUCUUUGAGACAGAUUUCAGCUACCUCCCUUCCAGGUUUGAUUUAACUUGGUUGUAACUGUCCAUUUGUUAUAGGUCUUACCUGUGUUAGAAAGAAAGAGAGGAAAGCAAGGAAAGGAAGGAGGGAAGAAAGAAAGGAAACCAGUACUUUCAAAAGUGACCAGUUUUGAGGUUUUGUGCAUGUUUUUUCUGGAACUACUUCAAGUGUAAAAAUAAAAGGAAGAAAUUGAUGGUGACAAAACUCUACAGAUAGAAAUUAAUAGAAGGCAAGGACAUGAAAAGGAAAUAUGCAUGAUUAGAAAUAAGAAUUUAAAACAACAACAACACUAUUUUUGUGCUUCCUAAAGAGAAUUGUUUAUUCUACAGACUGAGUAGGUAGACACAAGCAUCAGGAUUUCCCUGGCAGGAGACACAGAGUGGGAUUUUAUUACACUGCUAUUUGCUGUACAUUGUGGUAGGUCCAGGAAAUAGGGCACCACCCCCCUUGAUGUGCAGUCGUCGUUGGGGAAGCGUUUUCUCUGUCUGUUUGUUGGCAAUCUGUGUUCGUAAGGAGUGGGAGAGCUUGCGAUUGGUCUCACCAGAUAUUAAGGGGACAUGCUUUUCACAUUAUAAAAUGUGUGUAUCUCCCAAUAGAGCCCUGAGCUUUACAAAGACUGUACUUAGAACCACACUGAGUGGUCCACUUUCCUAAAGAGCUGCUACAUGACCAGGCAGGUAAUUCCCAUGGGCUUUGAGAAACAAAACAAACCAAGCAAACAACAAACAUAAAAACUUAACAGCACACGAAGAGCCUGUUCUUUUUAAAAUUCAUUCAAGUUUUGCCAAAUCCCUACCCUUUGUUGGGUCUGUAAAGGAAAUGUUUAAUAGCCAAAGCAGGAAUGAUGUCCCUAGAAUAAGAACCUAGAAAUCUGGACUCCAGGCAGCAGUUUGCUUUGUGAUCUCGAACAAGUCAUCAAAUCGCCUCUCCAUUUGCCUCAGUUUCUCCAGCUGCAAAAUGGGGAUAAUACUAUUUAACCUACCUCACAGUGGGAGGCCGGGGAGUUGUGAGGCCCUGAGGUUUUACACAGGCUGUGGCGAGCUGUGAGAGCCAAGGCUGCACACAGAGUUCGUGGGUCCCCCUUUCAGGAGUGCACAGACUGCUGGCCUUUUAGGGUAGACGGCGCAUGCGCCUUUGGUAUUCCAAGGAAGAGAGCUGGAGCUCCUGGAUGAGUGUCCGUGUUAAAAGAGAGGCUUGUAUCGGGGAAUAUUUCAUCCUUAGGUAAACUGGACUUUUCCCCCUUAUCCUGGCCUUGACCAGGUCUACAAUUUGACUCAUAGCCAAUUACUUCCUGCAAAGUAAAAGCCCAUUUACUGUUGUCUGUUCAAUACUUCCAGGCCAUUUCCAACUUUAUGGAGGAAGGGAGUCCCUCAGAUCUCUUUUUCCCGAGUGUUUCAUUAGAAGAUCUGGCUUUCUGAGUGCAAACACCUCGGGGCUUCGUAAACUAGACACCAGCAGUCAGCAAGGAGGGUUCUGAACAAUUACUGAGUUGCUUUUUUGGGUCUCUAUAAUCAAUAACCUGUCCGCAGAUACCUAUCUAUAUAAAGAUAUUAUAUAUAAAUAUAAAUUUACAUAUAUAUGCACAUGUAUAUAUAGUUGUACAUAUAUGUGUGUAUAUAUAUACUUAAAUGUAAUAUUUACAAAAUAAAACUGUGAUCUCGUCUAGAGAAAAUGUAUUCAUAUUACAAACUGCUCUUCCAUAUUUAUGUACCAUAUUAUACCUUUUUAUUAUUGUUAUAAUUAUUAUGGGUAUUUCUAAUUAUUAUGAUGUUGAAAUCUGUUUGGCACCUUCUGGAAACUACCAAAAAAUAGCUCUCCAUUGAAGUGCUUAAAAAUCUGUUCUCAUGAGAACUCUACUGGCCUCCUAUGAAAAAGGAAAAAAAAAAAUCUAAACACCGAAACCAAAACACGAUUCCAAUCCUUUUUCUGUACCUCACGCGCAUAAAUUUGCUGCUCCUAUUUUGGGUUUUAUUAUUUUUCCUGUUUAUGUGUUUUUAUGGAUCUAAGUUAAGUCUUUUAGCAAUAUAUAAAAAUGUAAAUAGUAAACUUUAUUUAUUAAGAAUGUCAUCUUUUUUAAUUUAUAUUUACACAAUUGUUCAUCUAAUUUAUUUUUUCUAUACGGUUUUAAAUACUCAGACAUAUUUUGCUGUUCAUGGUAUUUUUAUCCUGUUCUCAUGGAUUAGUUUUUCCAUACUGUUUUCUCUGGUCUCAAUUACAGGUUGGAUCUCACAAAAAAAACUAAUGUCAAAGACAGAAAUAUUUUGCCACUGUUGAUUACUAUACCUUAAAGUUCUAUAUUAUGAAAAUAUAUAAUAGCUUGUAUGCUUCA